CGGGCUUUAGGACCCAUCCGCGCGACUCUCCUCCUGACGUCCAUGGGCUCUUUAUGUUUACAGCGAGAAUUGUAUGGCAGGAUUUUUCAACAUCAAAUAUUUAUACAUCAUUUGCAUCGAUACAAACGUUACAAUGGAGACCGAGAUCCUGUGACACAGUUUUUUGGAUGGAGUCCUCGCAGGGCACAGGGGGUCACUCCCGCGAGUACAAAUUGGUGAUGUUAGGAGAGGGGGGUGUGGGCAAAAGUGCCAUCAUCAUGCAGUUUAUAAGUCACAGAUUUCCAGAGGAUCACGAUCCUACUAUCGAGGAUGCUUAUAAAACGCAGAUCCGCAUAGACGAUGAGCCAGCAAACCUUGACAUCUUGGACACAGCAGGACAGGCAGAGUUCACAGCGAUGCGUGAUCAGUAUAUGCGAGCAGGUGAAGGUUUCAUCAUCUCUUACUCCAUCACGGACCGCCGCAGUUUCCAAGAGGCUCGGCACUUUAAGCAGCUGAUCUACCGCGUUCGACGCACCGUGGACACGCCGGUCGUACUGGUGGGAAACAAGUCUGACCUGACCCAUCUCAGACAGGUGUCAGUAGAGGAGGGCAAACAGCUGGCAAGAGAGUUCCAGUGCCCGUUUUUUGAGACCUCCGCGGCUUUCCGUUAUUACAUUGACGAAGUGUUUGCCGCACUCGUCCGUCAGAUCCGCCAGCACGAGAUGGAGAUGGUGCGGGGGAGCGAGAGGAAAACUCGACGCAGCCGUUCCUUAUGGAAUCGCCUUAAAGCACCCUUCCUCAAGACACAUCGGUCCAAGCACUGAGAAGAGCAUCAUGGGAUAUGACACCCUUCCACGGGCCGCAGCUGUAUUAGAUCAACCUCCUCGUGGUGGUUUGAACUGUUAGAAUAAUUUAUAUUUGAUUUCUCGAAAUGAAGCACUCCUAAUCAUUUUAUAAGUCAGAUAGACUACAACCCUCAAUGUGCAGGGCAACACACUCACGGUCAUCAUACGGGACAUGGGCUUAUUUACUUUAGCACUUAGGAAAGAAAUAGUUGUGUCUUUUUAUAAACAGCAUUAUACUUUGUAAAAGUAAAUGUCUGGGGGAUUGUUGUACCUCAUAACUGAUGGAAAGGCAGGUCAGAAUAAUGAUAUGUAUAAUGGAUUGAUAGACUGAAGUAAGGUGGAAUGGUAAGGUCAUGUCAGGUGCAGGGUUAAAAUGUUGGGGGAAAUGAAGGUUGAAUGAGCUUUAACUGAAAGUUUAAGGUAUGUUGUGAAGAGAAUAGAGGAAACAGUGUGGGUGCAGAGAUGAAUUGUAGGGAAAUAGGAUAGUUUUAUGAAAAAAUAUGAACUUUAUUUGCAGGUAAAAUGAGUACUGUAAACAAUUCAUUUAACCUUGCUGUAGUUUUUGAUACAUUUUUAAAAAACUGGCAGUAGUUUUUAUUUUAAAAUGAGGUCCAGGUUAUAGUUGAUUUACAGCUUUGUUUAGUAGCUUCUUUCAGAAAUAUGGGGAAAAAAUCACAAAACCAUGUUUUGGUCACAUUUCACCCUAUCCAAAAGAAUUCCUUACUUGCAUCCAGAAGAUAAUAAACUUUUAAGAUCAUUAAAAUUGUUUGCAUAGUGAUAUUAUUGUCAUAAGAAGUAGGAAGAUGUUCCCU